AUGUCCAACCAACAAUUUUUCUUUCUUUUCUCUUUGUUCUUUUUCUUCUUCUCUUCUGCCUUUUCCGAUGACCUCGAGUCAAUUCUUGCCCUGAAGUCUGCACUUCAGAAUCCUUCUGCUACCAUAUUCAAUUCAUGGAACCAAUCUACCAACAAGCUCUGUAACUUCUCCGGAAUAACUUGCCACCCAGAUGGCUCUGUCCAAGUUAUCGAGUUAUCCAACCAACAUUUGUUCGGCAAGGUUUCAUUUGAUUCCAUUUGCAAGCUCAAAUCCCUGGAGAAGCUCUCUCUCGGUUUUAAUUCCAUCUCUGGACCCGUCACGAACGACUUGAAGAACUGUGUCCAUCUCAAGUACCUCGAUCUUGGCAAUAAUCUCUUCAAUGGAGCUGUCCCUGAUCUCUCUACUCUCAAUCAACUAACAUGUUUGCACCUAAACAAUAGUGGAUUCUCUGGUCAGUUUCCAUGGCAUUCAUUGUCAAAUAUGUCGGGUUUGACUGAUUUGAGCGUUGGCGAUAACAAGUUUGAUCAAACCCCAUUCCCGGAUGUUCUCUUAUCCUUGAAGAAACUGAAUUGGCUCUACUUAUCAAACUGUAGUAUCAAAGGUUCGAUUCCAAAUGGAAUUGGGAGUUUGACGGAGCUGAGGAAUCUUGAGAUAUCAGAUAAUUAUUUGGAAGGCCCAAUUCCCACGGAGAUAACCAAUUUAAAGAAUCUAUCGAUGCUGGAGCUUUACAAUAACAAUCUUAGCGGAAAAUUGCCUAUUGGUUUAGGGAAUCUUACAAAUCUUGAAUUCUUCGACGCCUCGAAUAAUCAGAUUGAAGGCGAUUUGUCGGAAGUGGGGAAGUUAUCUAAUCUGAAAAGUUUGCAACUUUAUUACAACAAGUUUACUGGCAAGAUCCCACCGGAGUUGGGUAAUUUCAGACAGUUGGUGAAUCUCUCUCUUUAUGAGAACCAGCUCACCGGUGAGCUCCCUCAAAAACUUGGCUAUUAUUCUGAUUUUGACUUCAUUGACGUGUCAAAUAAUUACUUGACGGGUCCAAUUCCACCGGAUAUGUGCAGAAACGGUAAGAUGAAUCAACUUUUGAUUCUGCAGAACAACUUCACCGGCGGAAUUCCGGCGACAUAUGGCAAAUGCUUAUCGCUGCAACGGCUGCGUGUCAGCAACAACUUUCUUUCCGGCGAGGUUCCAAGCUCCAUUUGGGGAUUACCGAAAAUGGGUCUGUUCGAUAUUGCUCAAAACAAAUUUGUUGGUCCGAUUUCAUACGAGAUUGGAAAAGCAUCGUCACUUAAGGGAUUACGUGUAAACGAUAAUGAAUUAUCCGGCCAAAUUCCGAUAUCAAUCGUAAACGCAUCUAAGCUGGAGGAAAUCAAUCUGAAUAAUAACCAGUUAUCCGGCGAGGUUCCGGUGACAAUCGGGAAAUUGAAUAAGCUAAGCCACCUCCAUUUACAGAAUAAUAAAAUAUCUGGUUCGAUUCCAGAAAGCAUUAGUUCUUGUGUUGCUCUGUCUGACAUAAACAUGGCUAAUAAUUCAAUCUCCGGCAACAUACCAUCUUCUAUUGGCUCAUUUCCAUCCCUCAAUUCACUUAAUCUGACCGGAAAUCACCUGGUCGGAUCGAUACCGCCUUCCCUUUCUUCUCUCAAACUCAGCCUACUCGAUCUCUCUUAUAAUCAGCUAUCUGGACCAAUUCCAGAUUCUCUUUCUUCAUAUGAUUACAAGAACUUUGCCGGAAACGAAGGCCUAUGUGCCUAUAAAAUCCCCGGAUUCCGAAACUGUUGA